AUGGAAGAAGACGACUUUGAAUUAAUUAAUAAAUGUAAUGAGGUAUGUGCCGAUAUAUUAUCUGAGUUUGAAAAUGAUGAAGAAUGUAACAGCGACGAUACAGAUUUAGCAGAAAGUAGCAGAAAAAGAAAUGUUUUGCCAAUUAUAAGUGAAUCUGAAAGCAGCGAUUCAGAAGACACGAUAUUGGAAAACGAACAGAACUGUUCAACAUCAAAUUGGUCCCAAAUCGAUAACGAUAUUACAGUAAACCCAUUUUUGGGAAAUUCUGGGGUUAAAGUGUUCCCAAGAAAUGCAGAAAAUAUUUCAGACGUGGUGGAUUUGUUUAUAGAUGAUGAUUUUUUUCAAUUAUUAGUAACAGAGACAAAUAGAUAUUAUAUGCAAAACAUGCAUAAAUAUAAACGUGUAAAAAGCACAAAGCAGUGGCGAGAUACCACGAUAACAGAAAUCAAGAAAUUUUUAGCUUUGAAUAUAUUGAUGGGACAAGUAAAAAAAAAUAAUGUUAACGAUUAUUGGACUACUGAUCCGUACAUGGAAACACCAAUUUUUGGUAAAAUCAUGACUAGAAAUAGAUUCAGGCAAAUACUACAAUCACUACAUUUUUGCGAUAAUAGUGCAAUCCCUGAUGACGCAAGUCGACUUGUUAAAGUAGAAUCAAUAAUGCAAUACUUUAUAGAGAAGUUUGAUAAAGUCUAUAAACCAAAACAAAAUCUAUCGUUGGAUGAAGCCAUGAUUCCUUGCAGAGGUAGAGUAAGUUUCCGAGUGUACAACCCAGGAAAGAUUACAAAGUAUGGGUUAUUAGUGAGAAUGUUGUGUGAAUCCGACACUGGAUAUAUAUGCAAAUUUAAAUUAUAUAGUGGCAAUGGAGAAACAUUGCAAAACCUGGUCGUAAACCUUUUAGAUGGUUAUGGAAAUAUUUGGCACCAUGUUUACAUGGACAAUUACUACAACAGUGUUCAGUUAGCACAGAAGUUACUCUACAAAAAGAUAAGAAUUUGUGGAACUAUAAGAGAGAACCGCGGGCUACCACACGAUCUAAAAAAAAUUACUUUAAAACAAGGACAACACAACUUCCGUAGAAAAGGUGAAAUUCUAAUACAUAUUUGGAAAGAUAAAAGAGUUGUAAGAAUGAUUUCAACAAUACACCAGGCUCGAAUGAUACAAACCCAGAAAAUAAAUCGAAAAACUGGCGAUCUGAUACAAAAACCAGAAACAAUUUUGGAAUAUAAUAAGUACAUGAAGGGAGUUGAUAUAGCAGACCAAUACCUUGCUUAUAAUCCUAUUAUAAGAAAAACUGUGAAAUGGACAAAGAAGGCUUUUAUGUUCAUAUUAAAUACUGCACUGUUCAAUUCAUUUGUUGUCUUCAAGGUUCUGAAUCCAGGAAAAAAAAUAAAAUUUUCAUCUUUUUUGAAAAAUAUUGCGCAAAACUGGAUUGAAAAAGGAUAUGUUCAUUCAGAGAGUCCAGGAAAUGUAUCCAAGAGAGUUUCUCGCGAAGAUGCACCAAUGAGACUUUCUGCAGACAUGAGACAACAUAAAAUUGUGAAAAUUACUAGUUCAGGAGGUAGGGCAAGGCGGCGCUCGACGCCCCUCCGCGACCUCACUCACGCCCCGAGGUCGGAAUUUUCGAUUUCCGAUUUUGGGAAAGUGAAAAACGCGGUCCUUUUUUUUGAUCCCCCCUUGUCGCCCCCCGUUUGGGAGGAGAUCGGGGAGGAGGGUAUCGUAAGAAAGGCCGUUCCUUCGACCACCUCCCGUAUCGAUCCGAACCCGGCCGGACCUAACGCGACCUUAAUCGACGCGUUCAACGACAACAUUGAAAAAGGUCAUAUUUUUGAGUUUUUGAGAAUUGUGUGGAAGUUGAAUGUGCAGGGUAAUCGACUGAAAUAUAAAGAUUUGGAAAAUAUAGUCAUACGUUGCAGUAGUAGUGAAAUAAUUUUAUGA